AUUCACGGAGCUCCUGUCACUACUGGCACGUCAUCGAGAAGACUUGGGUGUAGUUUUGUGUGUUGGGGCCUCUCAUCUUUUCCACCUCACUCUCCAGCCGGACAGGCCAGGAAGACACCAGACGACCAGGCAGGAGUCUUCCCCCCAAAAAAGAGGAGUCCUGUGUGCACAGUCGAGGGUGCGUCAUUCGCCGCGAGAGAGAGCUUUUCACACGAGUGUGUGUGCUUUUUAUCGGGGGGUUUUUUUUCGGUGGUGAGAGAAGAAAGUGCGACCAUCCCGAUAAUAUACACACUUUCCCAGACCGAGAGGGACACGCGGGUCAAAACAUGCAGGAGUGAGUGAAAGUAGAGAGUCAGAGACAUAUUCCAGGUGUCACACAGUGUCUGAGGUGAGGCGCAAUAACCCGUCAGCUGCUAUACUGCGAAGGGGCUGCUUUUGAGGGACCAGCGCGAGCUUUCACCCCCUCGUUUCCUGUGCGUGAACACCUGUGCGGAUUGCUGGGCGAUGCCAGUGACAUGGCUGUGCCUCCUGGGGCUGAUGAUUCUCUCCGUGGCGACUGUGUCCUCGUCGUCUGGUGAUGUGUUCACCAGCUCCUUCCUCGUGCGCUUCAGGCGGAACGUGGACAACCAGGUGGCCCAUGAGAUCGCCAACAAGUACGGCUAUGACAACUUAGGAUCGCUGGCUGGGAGCGCCGGAACGGAAUUUCAUUUCAAGCAUCGAUCGCUGCCUCAUGCCAGAUCCCGACGGAGCAUUACACAUUCCCGUGUUCUGAAGCGAGAUCCUCUGAUUCACAGUGCCGUUCAGCAGAUUGGAUUUGUGCGUGUGAAGCGAGGAUUGCGUCCCGCAAUUCCAUCGAUUGUCGGGAAACCUGUGGUGGCGCCGACGGGAAAAGCUCCCACAGACCCCUACUUUCCGCUGCAAUGGUACCUGCGGAAUACAGGGCAGAACGGUGGGAAAGUGAGGCUGGACCUCAAUGUCCAGGCGGCCUGGGAUCAGGGCAUCACGGGAAAAAAUGUUACCACGGCCAUAAUGGAUGAUGGUGUGGAUUACAUGCAUCCGGAUCUGAAAUACAAUUAUAAUGCAGAAGCUAGUUACGAUUUCAGCAGCAAUGAUCCAUAUCCCUACCCACGCUACACGGACGACUGGUUCAACAGUCACGGCACCAGAUGUGCCGGCGAGGUUGCCGCUGCCCGUGAUAAUGGAAUCUGUGGAGUUGGCGUUGCAUAUGACUCGAAAAUUGCGGGCAUCCGGAUGCUGGACCAGCCCUACAUGACAGAUCUCAUCGAGGCAAACUCCAUGGGACACGAGCCGCACAAGAUACACAUCUACAGCGCCUCCUGGGGCCCCACGGAUGACGGCAAAACGGUGGACGGACCGCGGAAUGCCACGAUGCGUGCCAUAGUGCAGGGUGUGAAUGAGGGUCGCAAUGGACUGGGUAACAUCUAUGUGUGGGCAUCUGGCGAUGGUGGCGAGGAGGACGACUGCAACUGUGACGGAUAUGCCGCUUCCAUGUGGACCAUUUCGAUAAACAGUGCCAUAAAUGACGGUCAGAACGCCCACUACGACGAGAGUUGUAGCUCUACGCUGGCCAGCACCUUCAGCAAUGGAGCGAAGGAUCCCAACACUGGCGUGGCCACGACAGAUUUGUACGGGAAGUGCACGACCACUCACUCUGGCACCAGUGCUGCGGCUCCGGAAGCCGCUGGGGUCUUUGCCCUCGCUCUGGAAGCGAAUCCAAUUCUCACUUGGCGAGAUGUUCAGCACAUCACAGUGCUGACUUCCAAGAGGAAUUCCCUCUUUGAUGCCAAGAAUCGCUUCCACUGGACCAUGAAUGGCGUCGGACUGGAAUUUAAUCAUCUCUUUGGCUUUGGCGUUCUCGAUGCUGGCUCAAUGGUCACGCUGGCCAGACAGUGGCGCACUUGCCCGCCGCGGUAUCACUGCGAAGCCGGCGCCAUUCUGGAGCCCAUGAGAAUCCCCAGCAAUGGAGCGUCGCUCUACCUGAAGGUCAAUACAAAUGCGUGCGCUGGAUCGGACACAGAGGUGAAUUACUUGGAGCACGUUCAGGCGGUCAUCACGGCCAACAGCACUCGAAGAGGUGAUCUGGAGUUCUUCCUCACGUCUCCCAUGGGAACAAGGUCAAUGAUACUGAGUCGCAGGAAAAAUGAUGAUGACCACAGGGAUGGCUUCACAAAGUGGCCCUUCAUGACGACACACACCUGGGGAGAAUAUCCGCAAGGCACUUGGAUCCUUGAGGCUCGCUUCAACUCGCAACAGCCUCGGAUUGGAUUCAUCAAGGAGUGGUCUCUGGUGCUGCACGGCACGAAGGAGGCUCCGUACAGGACUCUGGUUCCCGGAUCUCCUCACUCAAAGCUGGCGAUCGUGAAGAAAGCUCAUGAAGAACGCAAAAUGUAAAGGAGUUUUAUGUUUACUGAGAGGCUGUGGAUUUAUUUUUUCCCUGCAAAAAGAAAAAAAAAACCUUCAGUCGUAGUUUCUUUUUUCCAAUUAUGAAGCAGAUGAAAACCAACAAAAUUCUGACUUUUCUCCAAAUGGUGCAUUUCUCUGUGACACACAGUCUUUUACUAGACCUCUUUAAUCCAUACAAUGAGUAUAAAGUACCUUUUGAAGUCACUUCAAUCACAUGGGGAUGAUGUUGCAAAAGCUAAAUGUUGAUGAUUGUAGACCACUUGCUGUUGGCUCAUUUACUAAUUUAUUAAAGAAAAAAAAAUCUGAGGGAGGAUAGAAAUGUGAAUAUCUGUGAAAAACAACCAAAAAAAAAACUUAAGAGAGAAAGUAAAAGUAUUUCAAAAAAAUCAAUUUGUGUGCUAAAAAGUGGACAAAAAUAUAGAGAAUUCAUGAGAGGGAAUAAUUCUUGCGCACAUAAAGUAGAUCAUGAGGUGGGAAGAAAAUGAAAGUUUACUUUUAGAUCGUGAGUAAAGAAUAAAACUAAUUUACAAGUAGUGAGUGAAAAAGUAGAGAAAAAAAUCCAUUACACACAUUAAAAAAAAUGUAGAAUGAUGAGAGGAGAUGAAAAAAAAUGUGCAGUUCAAUGUCCAAAGUCCACCACAGACAGUAAUUCUUCAGCUAUUAAAGAAAAUCAUAUUAUCUACUUAUAAUAUGACUUAUACAUAAUGAAGUGGGAGAAGAUGAAAAAUUGUAUAAUUAUUAUAUUUAUAUACACUAUUAUAAACAUACAUAUGUAGCAUAAAUACCACUGUUCUUUCUUAAAACAACCAGCGAGAAAAUGGGGCUGAAAAAGCGCCCGAAGUGAAGUGAAAAAAAAUACUGUGUAAAGUGACAAAGAAGAAGAAGUUGAGUCUCCAUUUGACAACUAUCAGCAGUGAAAAUGAUGAUUUUUAAAAGUAUAGAUUCGAUCUCUAACAUUAGACAGAGAAAUAUUUUUAGAAGAGGGACAAGAGGAGAAUCUUAUUAUGAAGUCUAUUAAAUUUAAUUAUUAUACAACAAUUAAUAGAAUUAUACCUGGGUAGUGGUGAGAGAAGAUCUUCAGAUGAAGAGUAAAAGAAAAAUCUAUUUAUUAUCAUUGACAAUUAGAAGAGAGACACACACAUAUUGAAACAUUAUAUCCAGAAGGGAAAGAAUGAAGUAUCUUUGAUGUGUUAUGUAUUAUUUCGCUAUGGAAAGAGUGAGAGUGAAGGGAUGACAAACCAGCCAAAAUGAGGGAAAGAGGAGGUGGAAAAACGGAAGUUUCAGCAUGAAAAGAGAGCUUUUCACAUUGCAACCAUAAAAUUAUAUUAAAAUCCCUAUAUAAGUAUGAAAAACAUGAAACAAGAACACAAAAGAUUAAACUAAAAGAGUACAUAAAUUUAGCCAAAACAUUGUUUCACAACCACGUUUUGUAGUUUAUUUAGAAUACAUAUAUUUUCUUAAAAUGUCUUAGAAAAGUUUAUUUUUCUCUUUACCAUCACACAGAGAAAAAAAACAUAACACUUUGUUUAUUGACACACAGACGCAGUAUUGACUCUAAGUAAACUUCUAAAUAAGGAGAGAAAGAGAAAUAUUGAGAGUUAUAGAUGAUGAGAAGAAAAUACAAUUACAUAUAUAAAUAUUAUAUAAAAGAGAAGAAGAAGAGGAGAAAUUAAAUAUCUAUGUACAAUAUAAAUACAACUGUUGCAAAAUAUGCUUAUUUGAUUCUCUGUUAAUGUCCUGAUUUUCUCAAAACAAAAAAACAAACCUUUCUUGAGCUUCGUGAUAAUGAGAAUAUUUUAUCAAAUAUGAGUUUUACAACUGUUUGUAGGCAAAAAAAGCACGAUAAUCACUCUGUCUUUCUUUGCUAUAUUGUUUUAUUGAAUGAUCUGCUGAAGAAGCGUUUAUUGUUUUGGUUUUGUGAUUUUCGGGGGGCCAAAGACCAUCAAAAUUUCAUUUUAAAGAGAUUAUGACAUAUAAAAAAUGCAUUGUUACGAUAUAUUGUGGACAGAUUAAUACAAAAACAAAUUGAUUAAACUCAAUUGUAUACAAUUUAGAGCAUAAUAACAACAGGUUGACAACAGAAAAUAAGGCAAAAGAUGGCAAUUAGAGAAAGAAUUUUCUUAUAAAUCAAAUCCAAAGUUGAUCAUCAAUAGACAACAGAGUUAUUCAGAUAGUAAAUUUAUCUUUAUUUGUUUGUUGUUUUUCUCUUUGGAAAAAAAGAAGAAAAUUUUUCACUGGACGAACUUAAAUUGAAGAAGAAAAAAAAUAUUAUUGUGUGAAAAAGUAAAAUCUCUAUUGGAAAAUAUUAAAUGACAUAUUUUUUCAGAUUACCAACCAAUUGUAUAGAUGAAGAAGGGGAAGAGAGAGGAUAAAUAAAGGAUAUAAAAUUAUGAUAAUAUAUUUAACUUCAUGCUCAGAA